GACAAUCUCCACCACUCAGAAGAUAAUGGAAAGAUCAAUUACAGCUUUCUCGUUUGCGUUGGUUGCUGCCUUAGCUUCAGCCCUAGUCCUUGUGGUUCAAGCCCAGCUAAAUCCAGGUUUCAUAAGUAUCGACUGCGGAGCACCGAAUUCAUACCCCGACUACGAGACCAAUAUAGAUUUUUUAACGGAUAAAGGAUUCAUAGAAUCUGGAGAGAGCAUGCAGAUAUCCACAAAGUUCAUCGGCCAAAAUUUCCGACAAUGGUUGAAAAAUCUAAGAAGUUUUCCUAGUGGGAUGAGAAACUGCUACACCUUGAAACCAGACAAAGGCAAGAACAACACGUACUUGAUUAGAGCAUCAUUUUGGUAUGCGGCCUAUGAUGAUAAGAACCGACCUCCCAUAUUCGACCUAUACAUCGAUGUUAAUUAUUGGGCUACGGUUGAUAGUUCUGGUAAUAACUACUACGAAAUUGUCUAUGUGGCCCAAAGGGAUGAUAUACAAGUGUGCCUCGUAAAUAUUGGCCAAGGAGUGCCCUUCAUUUCGGCAUUGGAACUUAGAACUUUGGACAAUUCUCUGUAUCAAAUUGAAUCAGGAAUUCUUAUUCUUUAUUUCAGAUAUGACGUCGGAGGCUUAAAAGCGUCCAUCAGUUACAACCAGAGGGAUUGGGGGCAAGCGCAUUUGAAAAUUUCAUUUGAUAAUUGGCAUAUGGAACAUGCUACGCGGGACAUUGCACUGGCAUCACAGGAAUUUUGUGAAAAUGUCCCACUCAGGUACCCGGAAGAUGUCUAUGAUCGCAUCUGGGAAAGACAGACCUUUAACCGGUCCAUGCUCAACCCCGGGAACGGGACGUCUGCCUCUGAAUUGUCCAUAAACAACGACGCGUAUAAGGUUCCAGGAGAAGUCCUCCUCACCGCUCAAACGGGGAAUGAUGCCACUUUUUUUCUCUCAUCAAAUAACUCGACGAAUAGAUGGAUUGGGUACUUCCAUUUUGCUGAAACACAAAGCUUGCUGAGCGGCCAGCAAAGGGAGUUCACGGUUUUUACAAGCGAUGGCCAAUUCACGGAGACAGUGAAGCUCGAGUACUUGAAGCCGGUGACUGUAAUUUCCACUCCUGUCACAGGGUCCAUGAUCAACUUCUCAUUCCAAGCACAGUCUGGACAUCCACCACCGAUCAUCAACGCCCUGGAGAUCUUUCUUAUCCGAGAACUUCCGAAUGUACCAACAGCCCUAGAUGAUGUAAAAGCUCUCACUGACACCAAGGCAGAGUAUACUAUCAAUAAAGAUAGUUGGCAAGGGGAUCCAUGUGUACCAAGAAAAUUUUCGUGGGAUGGUGUGAAUUGUAGCUAUGGAGAUAUUCCGAGGGUUAUUUCGCUAAAUCUGAGCUCUAGCAAUUUGAGGGGCAUCAUCUCUUCUUCACUAUCAAAUCUAUUGGAAUUGGAUUCCUUAGAUUUGUCCGACAAUCAACUUAUAGGAGCCAUACCGGAAGCUUUGGCAAAUCUGCCAAAGUUGAGAAUUCUAAAUCUCAGUGGAAACAAGCUUAAUGGUUCAGUUCCUGAGGCUCUUAAAAGGAGGCACGAAGACAAGACAUUGGACUUGAGUCUUAACAACAACCCCGAUCUUUGCCAGGCAAGUCCUUGCUCAAAGAAGAAGACUAAAAACUCCAUCUUGGUCCCAGUUGUUGCAUCGGUUUCAGUCGUAUUUGUAGUUAUCUGCGUGUUGAGUAUUUGGUUGAUUAGAAGGAAACAGACAGAAUCUAGUGAAAGGACACUGAGAUUAAAGAAUCGCCCUUUUACAUAUAGAGAGGUUUCAAGAAUCACCAGGAACUUUGGACGAGUGAUUGGCGAAGGUGGAUUUGGAAAGGUUUAUGUUGGUGCACUAGAUAACGGCACCGGAGUUGCAGUGAAGAUGCUCUCUGAAUCAUCAAAGCAGGGGUACAAGGAAUUUCAAGCAGAGGCGCGACUCUUAAUGAUUGUUCACCAUAGAAACUUGGUUUCUUUAUUUGGAUAUUGCAAUGAGUCUAAGCACAUGGCAUUGAUAUAUGAAUACAUGGCAAAUGGAAAUUUAAGGCAACAUUUAUCAGCCACAGGUAAAGUUAAAAUCCAUCCAACAGAGGACCAUCCGAAGGUCUUGACAUGGAGUAAGAGACUACAAAUAGCUGUGAAUGCAGCACAAGGUUUGGAUUAUUUGCAUAAUGGUUGCAAGCCACCCAUCAUCCAUAGAGACUUGAAGACUACUAACAUCUUGUUGAAUGAAGAUUUCCAAGCUAAAAUAGCUGAUUUUGGUCUGUCAAGAGCUUUUGCUACUGAAAAUGACUCUUAUGUGUCAACUUGUCCAGCUGGCACUCCCGGCUACCUCGACCCCGAGUUUCAAUCUUCUGGAAACAUAAACAAGAAGAGUGAUGUUUAUAGUUUCGGAAUCGUACUCUUUGAGUUGAUCACGGGCCGACCUCCGAUAAUGAGAAGCUGGGAUGGGCGCACCAACAUGCACAUACUUAAAUGGUUGAUUCCGAUUGUUGAAAGUGGUGAUAUACAAAGCAUUAUGGAUCCAAGGUUGCAAGGAGAAUUCGACAUCAACUCGGCUUGGAAAGUAGUGGAGAUUGCUAUGUCUUGUACACGACCAACAUCAAUUCAAAGGCCGGACAUAAAUCACGUAUUGGCAGAGCUAAAGGAGUCUUCGGUGAGCACUUCAAGUGGUUCUUUUGAAAUGACCUCCUGA